AUGGAUAGAUAUGAUCCUGUAGAAUCACCAUCUAGCAGCAAUUCAAAAUCAUUCAUCUUUCUUAUCAUCUUAUCUCAGAUUUUUGGAUUGUUAGCUGUUGUGUUAACAGCUGUUUGGUUAGGAAAAUAUUGGGGUGGUUUUAGUUGGACUAAUGCUAGCACAGUCUUCAAUUAUCAUCCACUGUUUAUGGUUUUAGGUCUAGUGUUUUUAUAUGGAGAUGCAAUCUUAGUUUAUCGUGUAUUUCGAGCAUAUCGUAAAUUACCAAUCAAAAUUCUCCAUGCUAUCCUACAUAUUUUGGCAUUUCUUUUCGGUGUUCUUGGAAUUAAAGCAGUUUUCGACUUUCAUAAUGCUUUACUAAUACCUAAUAUGUAUAGUCUUCAUAGUUGGUUGGGUAUAACAGCGAUUGUGAUGUUUGGAUUACAGUGGGUUGGUGGUUUAAUCACUUUUCUAGUACCACAAACACCUCAAAUUGCUCGUAGUCAACUCUUACCUAUACAUGUUACUCUUGGCAGUUUCUUAUACUUAUUGGUGAUUGGUGUAUGUAUUUCUGGAAUUACAGAGAAAAACUUUUUCUCAAAAGCAUAUCCAUUACUUAAAUCUGGAGAAGUGAUUGGAAAUAUACUUGGAGUUACAUUAAUAAUAUUUGGUGGUAUUGUUUACUACUUAGUUCAACAUCCAAAUUAUCGUCGUUUAGAAACAAUAUCACCAGAACAUCGUGCAUUACAAGAAUAA